AUGAAUACAAAUAAUUUUAUCCGUACCCAAAAUUAAUAUUAUUAUGAUCAAAAAGCAUAUUCAAAUGGUAAAAAGCAUUUGAAAUCCAACAGUAUGUACUUAAAUCCUGAUAUUAAAGAUUUAUCUGAUAUAAUGACAAUAACAUCAUCAAAUGCAAGUCCUUAAAAUUCUAAAUUUUAGAAAACCCGUCCUACUAUAAAUCUUGAUAAUUUAAUAGAAAUAUGUUCUAAAAAACUAGAAUAACAUUCAAACCAUAAAAAAGCAUUAUAUAUAAGAAGCAGUUCCUAUAUAAAAAAAGGCAAAUAUAAAGAAGCAAUUAUUGAUUGUGAUACAUUACUAAAACUAGACAAAGACAAUGUCGGAGCCUAUUAUUUACGAGGCUGUGCAUUUGAAAAGUAAAACUUAAUCGAUUAAGCAAUCGAAGAUUUCACUAGGGUAUUAAAAUUAGAUGAAAAUCAUGUAAAUGCGGCAUUUGCAAGAGCUGCCUGUUUAAAUAAAAUAGGUGAUUAUAAUGGUGCAAUAGAUAAUUACAUAGUAGCCUUAGAAAAAGACAGUGAAAAAAGUUUAAACUAAACAAAUAAUAUAAAAAGAGCUUUUAAAAAUAGCGAUUCUUCAAUGAAAAUUUCAUAAAAUAAUUCACUUUUAAACUCUCAAUCUUAAAAAGGAUAUGAAUUAAAAACUCCUUUAUAAUAAAAAAGUGAAAAUAAACAAUAAUAAAACAUAAAAUACUACUCUAAUGGUUUCCUUUUAGAAAUAUAAAGUAGUAAAUAAAAAUAUGAAGAAGAAUCUGGAGGACUUAUGAACCCUUAAAAUGACAAAGAUAAUAGUUAAUUUUGUAUGAUAAAUACAAAUAAUAUUGAUAACUCUUAUCUUUUCUAAUAACAAAAAUCAAAUAAUACAUAAAAACAAGCCCAAAAUACUCAUCAUUAACCCAAAAAUCUUCAACACCCUUCUCAUAUUACUGAAAAAAAAUAAAUAUCAGACUGGUAUCAUCAGCAAGGUUUUGAAGCUCGAAAAAAUAAUGAACUAGAAACUGCCAUAUAGCUAUAUACAAUUGCACUUUAAUAUAAUCCUUAACACUUUAAGGCAGUAUUUAAUCGAGGGUUUGCAUUUGAUAAAUUAAAAGAAUACGAUUUGGCAAUUAAAGAUUACACAAAAGCCUUAGAGAUUGAAAAUAAUAACUGUUAUGCAUAUUAUAAUAGAGGAAUUUCUUAUGACCGUAAAGGUGAUUUUGAUUAUGCUAUUAAAGAUUUUACAAAAGCAAUAGCUUUAAAUCCUUAAAAAAGCGACUUUUAUCAUAAUAGAGGUUUUGCUUGGAAAAAAAAAGGAUGUUUUAAUGAGGCUAUUUAAGAUUUUACAUUUUCCAUAUAAUUUGAAAAUGAUCAUUUUAAAUCUUUUUAUAAUAGAGCUAUUUGUUAUGAAAAAAUGGGCGAUUUUUAACUCGCAGAAAAUGAUUAUUUAUAAGCUCUAUCUUUAUAGCCUAAUAAUACUUCCUGUAUUAAUUAUUUGGCAGCUUUAUUAGAUAAACUUAAUAGAUCUAUAGAAGCUUUGGAAUAUUUUAAUAAAUCCUUAAAAAUUGAUGAUAAAUAACCUUUAGUUUAUAAUGGAAAAGGACUUAUUUUAGAUAAAAUGGGAAAGCUUGAAGAAGCUUAAUAAAAUUUUAGUUAGGCAAUAGAACUAGAUAGAUAAAAUCCUACAUAUGUACAUAAUAGAGGAUGCUGUUUAAGAAGCGGAGAUAAGCUUUUAGAAGCUAUUAAAGAUUUUGAAAAUGCUCUAAAAUUAGAUCCUAAUAAUACAGUUAUAUUAUCUAAUUUAGGUCUUGUAUUUAGAAAAUUAGAAUAAUUUGAAAAUGCUAUUUAGUGUUAUAAUGAAGAAAUCAGAAUUGGAGGUGAAAAUGUAAGAAGCCUUAAUAAUAGAGGAUAUUCUUAUGCAAAGCUAGGUAAAUUCAAUGAGGCUAUAUAAGAUUAUAGUUAAGCUGUUAGCUUAUAACCAGAGAAUACUCAUGCAUUACAUAAUAGAGGAAUCUGUUAUGAAAAAUUAGGAAAAUUUUAAAAAGCUAUUGAAGAUUUCAGUUAAGUGAUCAAAUAAAACCCUCUUAAUGCAAAUGCUUUUUUCAAUAGAGGAUGUUGUUUUGAUAACUUGGGAAAAAUAGAUUAAGCUAUCUAAGAUUACUCAAAAGCUUUAGAAAUAGAUAAUAAAUAAUAAUCUAAUGGUAAUCAACAAUCAAAUAUAUUAUCCGAGCAUAAUUACACAAAACUAAAGUUCUAAAGACUGACCCAAUAAACAUUACAAGACUACCUCGAUUCCUAUUGUGAAGUAUGUUUUACUACAAAUAAAAAAUAUUAUCCAGAGGGUGAAGAAAGAGGAUUAAACAUGAUGAAAUGUUUUGGAUGUUAAAUAACAGUCCACUGUUAUUGUUACGGUUUAGAAACAUAAACAAAAGAAGAAAUCAUAGGAGGGUAAAAAGUGACCUAUUUUUUAUGCGAAAGAUGUUAAUAAGAUUAACCAAAGAAACAAUUUAACUGUAUAAUCUGCAAUCAAAAAAAAGGCGCUAUAAAAAAACUCGAAAAUAAUGAAUGGGUACAUGUAACUUGUGGCUUAUAUAAUUCAGAAAACAUAGUAAUGCCUAAAAAUUACUUAGAUAUGUCUUUUGUGAAAAAAUAGUCAAUUUCAAAAAAGAAAAAAUAAGCUAAAUAACCUUAAUGUCAUUUUUGUAAAAGCUCAGUUGGUAUUCUUCCUUGUUGUGAUUUAAAUUGUAAGUAAUAUGCUCAUGUAUACUGCUUAAUGAUAUAUAUGAAUAAUGCUGAAAUAGAAAAAAAAGAUAGUACUGAAUACGAAUGGUAUUUGAGAAUGAAUUUGUUAAAAAAUUCUAAUUUUUCUAUCUAAAACUAUUCCUAAGAUUUAUCAGAAUGCCACAUUUAUUGA